ACGGGACAGCCAGUCGGCAGUGAACGCCGCACCUGAACGGUGUGCAGUAUUUUUCCUCGUCGUCUCGCUCGUUUAAUUUCAGUUUUUUCUGCUGCGAAAUCUUUCAUUUUCCGUUGAAAAAGGAAGAAGUUCUAACGACUGAAUCAAGCGUGACUAUUGUCUUAUUCUCUUCACACACAUUUAUUACCUGUCGACACGAUUCGUUUCUGUUUUCGCCGCUUCGAUUGUUACUAUUUUAAAUCGUUUCCCAGCAAUAAAUCAUGUGUGCUGUGCUUCGACGACCCCCCAGCUGUCACGAAAGGCCAAUUGACUCGCGUUUUUGAAGAAAAAAAAAAAAGAACAGACUUCAGAGAUUUCCAAAAUUAAAAGUAAAACAAACUGUUACUCAACCAUCUCCUCGCCUUACCUUCCCCUCCCUCCAAAUUAAGAAUCGGGGUUCUUUCAUUAGCGAUUCAACAUUUAAAAAUUCAAACAACUGGUUUAUUGUUGUUCUUUUCCUUUUACUUUUUUUUGUUUUGUUUUUGUUUUGUUUUUUACAUUGGGAUUUAAAUUUUCUGUUGCUUUCCCCCCGGCGAAUUACGAGAAGAGCCGGAAUAGAAUGUUGUUCGGGUCAAUUUGAAAGACUACGGCAACGCCGCGUCGAAUUCCUAAUGAGCUGCUGUUGAUGGAAGGGGUCGAAGAAAAGCAGGCCCAAAGGCUCUAAAGCAGAAUGCAUUGAAAUUCCACAACCCAGCGGACUGGUGUGGUGUUUUUUUUUUUUGUUUGUGUGUGUGUUUUCAAAAAGAAUUGUCUCGGUGGAAAGUUAUUGAUUUAUUCCAAGGGAAAAUGUCAAAAUAACGCCAUGACUGCAACGAGUUACUGUGGAGAUGAUGGCACGAUUUGGCCCUAACCGGACAGCAGGAAUAAUAGAAUAAAAAAGUCGUAAAGUCAAGUGUAUUUCGUGUGAGGGCGGCGUGCAUUCAUCGUGUAGGGCGUCCCAUCUGGGCACGUCUAAUUCUUUUUGAACAAAACAACGAAACGAUACAUCGAUAAUCAACGACACAAGCAACCACAAUGUCCAAAGCUGAUUGCAGAAAGUUUGCUCCCAAUGUUUUCAACAAGAACAAGUGUGCCAGCUGCUUCAAAGCCAAGGAGGAACACAGCGAUGAAGCUUUGGAGAACAAUCGGGCUAGCCGAAAAGUAGCCAAAUGCGGUUACCUGUUUGCCGCACCCGACUGGGAUUUCUCUAACCCCAUCAACCGGACUAAGCGAUGGCAGCGGAGAUGGUUCGUCCUUUACGACGAUGGAGAAUUGACCUACUCCGUGGACGAGCACCCGGAGACGGUUCCGCAGGCCAUCAUUGACAUGAAUCGUGUGGUGGAAGUGUCUUACGAAGCGGAAGAGGUAACUGGCCACCCGUUCAGCUUGGCGUUGACGGCCGCCGACCGGGUCCACUUUCUCAAGGGGACGUCGCGUGAAGAGUCUAAAUGGUGGUUCGACAUCCUUUCCAUGUUCCCCAGGACUAACAUGAAGACCGGCCGUCAUAAAAGGAACGCCACCUUCCCCGGAAGCAAAGCCACAACGAUUAUUUCGACGCAACAACAACAGCAACACCAACAGUCGACGGCACCCAAUUCGCCUUGUUUAAGUAAAGGUGUUUCGAUCCAGCCGUUCCAGACACCGCCGAUGGCCCGACCGCGUUUUCACAGCCACACGGAGUCGCUGAUGCGAAGUGGCGUUCAGCAUACAACAUCGACGGCCACUGCCGGUCUCGUCGGUGGGAUGCAAAACUUUAAUUCGUUGCCGGUCAAGGACACCAACGGCCGGAACGGAAAUUCUAGCGGAGUUAACAACAAAAUCGCUAUCGAGGAAGACGACAUCAUUCCCGUCAAGGAAGUGGCACCUCUCAGUGUUUCUUCGACUGUCGUCGCCGCUUCUCCGUGUCCCCCGCUGCCCGCCAAAACUGCCGCCGAGAAGGAUAUCGUUAUCAUCGAUAAAGAUUUCGACGAUAAAAUCAAAACGAGACGUGUCAUUCGCCGCGAAAUCCGAGGAGCCCGAAGUGCCCGUUGCAAUUCGGAGAUUUUGAGCAGCCUUAUUAUCCCGCCCGGCAACAAUAACAUGAAUAAUGGGAACAACAGCAGCACGGCACACAACACGGCUGGCAAAAGUUACGCCCUGGUUCUGCCCAGCUCGACCUUGACGGCGCCAAUAGGCAGCAAAAACAACGCGGGAUUGAGCGGCAGCACGUCCGACAGGCCGCGAUCAGCUUUAUUACCGCCCGUCCCACCUCCGACGACGACUACCGUCGCCGCCAGCCCAGCUGCGCCGCGCUCGCCCGUCAUCAGCGCCAACCCACACAGCCCUUUUUAUCUCUACAUGGCAGACGUCCCGCGAAACCGACAUUACGAAAGUCUGGAGAGUUUGCAACAUGCUUUCACUAACAUCAAUAGUCCGUCAAGAGCGAGGCACAGCAGUUCCAAGGACAUGCCGGACUCGGCAGGGUCCCAUAAGACGGAGCCGGUAACGCCCGUUAUCGCUGGCAAGGAUCGACCCAUGAGCAUGCACGAACUGGGUUCCGCCCCUGCUGACCGUUUACGCGGACUCUCCUCCUACGAAACCCCCUUAGCUCGCCCGACCAACGAACGUCAAACUUCUAAAGCAAGUCGUCAACUUGAAACGAUCAAUCCACCCGGAGAAACGGUACGAGGAGAUCCAGAUGGAUGCGGACUAGACCCCGUGACGUCAUUCUGUUCGCCAUUACCUGACCGCCGUUCCGCAUUGGCAUUGACGACCCCAUUGCUGGACGACAGUCUCAAAAAAGGCUGGCUCCUUCGCCUGUCUUACGGGGGAGAGUGGAAAAAGUAUUGGUUCGUUUUGAGGUACAGUUUAUUAUCACUGUAUCGGGAUCACUCGGCCGAGGACGCUGGACUGGCUGACGAUACCAUCGAUUUGGCACAAAUAGCCAGCGUCGAGGAAACCGAUUCUGGCCGCAGUUAUGGCUUUCAAAUGGCAUCCGUUGAUGGGAAAAGGCUUUAUUCGUUAGCAGCGCUCACCUCGGGCAUUCGUACCCAAUGGAUUCAAGCUCUUCGGAACGCCUGCAAUCAAGGCAAAAUGGCUAAUUUACCCACGAAAUUGUUAUCGUCGACUAGCAACACGGCGGCCCUCAAGGCCGUCAAAGAGAACGUGGAUCCGGCGGCAAUCGGCCGAAGAGAAGUGGACGAUGAAUCGUUGGGAUCGUAUGACGGUUCGACCACCGACGGAGACGAAGAAGACGAUAACGAACUGGACGACGGUGACGUCAUUGUCCAUCAGUCAGAAGACGAGGAAGAGCAGAAUCUACCUGGAUCGGAACCCAUUCCGUCGCUUCCGCCCUCACCUCCGUUGAAUCGCACUCCAAUGUCGAAGGUGAAAGAGCGAGACCGAUCAAGGUCCAGCUCGAGAUCUCGAUCGCGGCACCGUUCCGCCUCGCCGUCUUCAGUGAGAACCAAUAGCCCACCAGCUGCAGCGCUGGUAUUUUCCGUUCCGCCAUCUUCAGUCACGUUGCAGGGUAGUAGCGAACCGAACGACGGGCAUCUCCAGGCCCGACUCGAUGCGGCCAAGGGUGAAAUUACGCGUUUGCUCAACGAGCGACGAGAACAGGAGAGAGAAGCCCAGCAGCAACUGGUCACGCUCAAUGCCAGGGUCUCGGAGAAGGAGCAACAAAUGAGCCGAUUGGCCGGCAUCCUGGAAGCCACAAAGGCUGAAAGCAAACGCCAAUUAAUAGAUAUUCAGAAUCUGUUGGACAAGAAGGAAGCGGAACUGAAUUCGCUGAGGAAUGAAUCGGCCAACGAUCGGGCCGAAAACGCCGAGUUGCGGGAUAGUCUGAAACGCGAACGCUCUGAAGUUUACAAAUUACGCGACGUGGCGCAAGAGCUGCGCUCUCUGUUGGACAGCCGCAACGACACGCUCAAUCAGCUGCAGAGCAAAACGAACGAAGUUGAGGUGCUCAACCGGCGGCUGAAAGCGACGCAAGACAAUCUGCAUCAGACCCAGGAGCGACUCCAGCGCGGCAUCGAAGAGAACGAGGGACUGUUUGCCCGUCUCAGACAGAUGGAAGAUAAUCGCGGAAACGUGAACGGUGGCGCUGGCGGAGCCGAGGUAACUGGAUCGUCUUCUCUGAGACGCAGCCGUAGCUCCACCGGUUCCAUGCCGUUGCCUCUUCAGCUGUGCAGUCGCAACCUGCUGGGCGGCAGCAGCAAAAAGAGUUUGCCUCGCUUGGACUCGCUCAGCGACCUGAGCAACAUCGACUACGACCUGGAUCUAGAGGCUUUAGAUCGUGAAAGUCUAGUCGAUGAGUACGUGGAGUUGCGUGCCCGUUUCGAGCGUUCCCUGGUCGAGAUCCGCGCCCUCAAACGGGAGCUUCGUCUGGCCCAAUCGGCGAUGGACGGCUUUGAAGUGGCCCAAAUGGCGCUCAAGCAGCAAUGGCAGGCCAAAGAGAGUGACUAUACAUCGCAGCUGAGUCUGAUGGCGGCCAGAGUGCAAGAUCUGACGGCCAAAAUGUCGGCAGCGGACAAACAGGUCCGCCAGCUCAAGAUCAAAGUGGCCAAAUCGGAGAGCCGCGAGAAGAGGCGGACGCAGUCGCUCAAAGGCCGCGAAUCGUUCCAGCUGUCGAAAGAAGUCGAAGAUAAAUUGGUAGAUCUGGAACAUAAAAUGGCUGCGCUCGGCAGCGGAACCCCAUCAGCCGAAAAGGAGACACCGCCAUCGCGAGCUCGUAAAGGAUUCGAAGAGCCGACGAAAUCGUUUCGAAUGCGACGCAAGUCGCUCGAGGGCGGCGCUGUUUCUGGUGGUGACCCGGUCAAGAUCCUCUUACGAGUCGACCAGCUGGAACAGCAACUGGCCGGUCGUCAAAGCAGCACCAAGAAGACGUCGUCGUCCGUAGAGCGUAAGAACUCGCUGCCUGGCAGGUCACCGCAAGGGAAACCACCGCGUUCCAGUCCCCUGAAAGCGGCUAGUGGAACCGUUUCGACAUGUUUGUCUGUCAAACAAUCCGCCACGCCUGAUGGGCCGAUCACUCGGCCGUCCAAAAUUGUUCAAGAUCUGGAACAGUGCGUUGUCGAGCUGGAACUAAUGUUCGACAGUAACAAGGUUGACGGUCACAGCCUCAUUGGCAAAAUUCGCACCAUCCAGCAAGAUCUACUCAAUCCUGAUGGAGUCCGAGUGGCCGUGUCGUCUUCAGAUGGAGCUUGUCAAGUAGAAAAGAUCCAGGAUCUCCUCAGAGUCCGCCUGUCCGAACUCAAAGUCAAGCGCGAUCAGGUUCGCAGUCUGGGCAAAUUGGAUUCGGCUGCCGUCAGCCAAAUAGCAGCCGAAAAGCUGGCGCUGGAACUGGCCAUCGCCGAACAGCUGUCCACCGUGACGGCGGCUAAACAGCCGGAGGAAAGGGAAAUCCUACGCGAUGCCAACUGGACCAUUCACAAAUUGAGUUGGUUGAAGCGCAAAUUGAACGGAGAGAGAUCCGCACCCGCUAUGGACCAAUCCACCAGUUUUGGAACUUACUGCGCCGCCUUGGCGGAGCGCCUUUCCGCCAUCGCUGCCAUUUCCAGCACGUCGCGUUCUCAUCAAGGGGCAGAGGGUGGAGUCGAUAUGGCCCCCAAUCAUUCGAUGCUACCAACUCGAGUGGCCCAGCAUUUGGCCGAGGAGGAACGUGAUUUGUCCAUACUGUUUUCUAAAUACAAAGAAGAGAAGCUGCAGGAACUUGCCCGUCUGCUGGCCCACGAAACCCUUCGCAUGGGUGACAGUCCGAGCGCCGAUAAUCAACUUGUCGAAGAAGUCAAGGUGCGCGAAGCUUGGCUGGAAGCUCAAGAAGUGGCCAAUAAGGAGCUAGUGGACAGCGAAGUCCGCCAAGCGAUGACUCGAAUGGCUGAAGUCUUUGCAGAAGACGUGGCAGACGAGGAGCGUUUAGCAGCUGCCUUACUUCUAUGGCCUGCUCAACAGCUCCAGUACGAGCAACGUUGCCAGGUCGUGGAGGAAGUUCUCCGCUCAGAGAUGGAAGAGGCUGUUUUGUUGCUUAGCAACGCUUACGAGCGCAGUUUACAGCAAAUGAAAGCCCAGACGUCGAUCCUGCAUCCGCCUGAAGGCGAUCUGGAGGCUGCCCUCAGCGAGUUCGCCGAAGUAGUGGCUCACAAAGCCUUGAUAGACGGACACAUCGCCGUGCUUCAAGGCGAGACACCAUCGCAACCGCUAGCGACAUCCACCGGGUCCGAUUCGAGCAUCGUGCAGAAUGUUAGCAUCAUCCAGGAGACGGAAGCCAUCAUUAGCUCGCUGUGCAGCACGGAUUUCUUCCCGGCCUCGCUGAAUUGCGGCGAAGUGGCUGCCAUGCUGCACAGGAACCUAGCGGAGCCUCGCAGCAAGCCGGAAGAGUCGAUGUCCAGCAACGGCAAUAAAUCGUCUGCCAUCAACGAGGACAUGAUCAGGCAAAAAUAUCAGGCCGAAAUCGAACAGCUGCGUGCCCUGACUGAGAAGGGCAUGUCGGCCAUGGAGGGAUCUCAUAAACGUAUCAUCGCUCAGAUGGAAGAGAAACAUCAACAAGACCUGAAUCGGCUCCAGGUUGAAAAAGAACGAGCUCUGGCGGAAGAGACACAGGCCACUUUGGCCGCCUUAGAUGCCAUGCGCAAAGCUCACGAAGCAGAAGUGCAGCGUGAAAUCGCCCGUUUCAAGGAAGGGUUCCUCAGUCAAAUGGCCGCAAAUCAGGCACCCGCCCAACGAGAACUGACGCCCAAUAGGGAACAAGAGAUGGAAGAAAUCCGGCGACAGAUCCUGUCGCUCAGCGAAAAGUAUUCGCACAAGUGCCUCGAAUCUGCCGCACUGGAGCAGAAAGUGUCGUCCCUCAGCCAACAGAUGGCCGUUUCCCAGAGACAGAUACUGGAUCUGGAUUCUCGCAAUCAACAACUGCGAUCCUUUCUGGAUGCUGGAACUGGUAUGGAUCAUCAGCCGGACGCCAGCCCGGAAGAGCUACUCAGAGCCAAGGAUAGCCAGUUGCUCAUGUUGCAAGAAGACAUUGCCGAACUCCAGUUUUGCCUGAGAGAGUCGCAGUCCCGCGAAGAAGAUCUGGCCGCAAUGGCCCGAAAUAUGGGCCAGUAUCUGCGAACGGAGCGAACGUUGCAGUCGGAUGAAGUGGCCGCACUUCGGCACCGCCUAGAAGAUUUGCUUCUGCUCAGCGGACCUUCCAGUGGAGGUAGCGGGGGCAAUAGUGCCGGCAACAGUAUCCUCGGUCGGAAAAAUAGUUCCAGCGACGACAAAAGCAGUCCGUCCCGCGAAUCUCCGCCGCGCGAAUCUAUCCGUUUUCACUACGUCCGCUCCAAGGACUUGACCCGCUCGCCCAGCUGCCCCCGAUUGUCGGGUUUUUUAUCCCUGGCUCCGAGACUGACGGCCCGGUCAGUGCUCUCUCCAAAGGAUCCUUCACAGGCCCUCAAUGGAUCGAGCACAACCACCCACUAACCUUGCCAGUCACGCCUGCCUUGCCGCGUCAAACCCUCUCGCAGGAUUUGACGUACAAGGUGACUGUCAAAUUUGGCCGGCCGGCUAUCUCGGAGAUCAGUUGCUUCAGUGCAGUGGAUAAGGGAAUGCUAACCUAUUCGCUGCCACUAACUACUAACAUAACGCAAUACUACCAUUCGUUCAGCUUUGUCGAUAAACGUCCAGCACCUAAAACUUCCUUACCUGUCCGUAAGCGGAGCGUCGAUGCAACUCCUCCGUCCACUCGUCCUACCCCUCCUCUUUCACGCCUUAAUACAGCAAGUGCUGCUACAGAAGCAGCCUAUCCGUCCCGUGUAGUUCCCUUUAAACCGGACACGUCCAGCAACCGAAGGCCAUCCAGGAUAUCGCAAUCUUGUGUUCCUCCUACACCGUCUUCCCCACUAUCAUUGUGCAGCUCAACCGACGCUAAGUCUUACCUGAAACCUACCAAGGCUUCUUCGCUUAAAGCACCCCCACGAGUGAACAUUUGAUUUCGAUUUCCAACUCACGUUGAUGCGCUGUAGGAUAAGACGUUAUUUGUUUUAUUGACUUCCCCUCUUUCUUUUUCUUACAAAACAAUGUCUCGGAAAACUACUUUUUUAUUUCUUGUAACUGGAAAAAUUAUGCAGAUCCUAUAGUAUUUUUACCAACGAAGAAAGCAAAAAAAAUAAAUCAAAUUGGUAGCUUCUUCUAUCACAUUUUAUCAACGAGAAACAAAUUAUAGCAAACUAACUUGUGUAUUUGCGAACUAAUUUUAUACGAUUCUUGAAUUGUUUUGUUUUGCUUCUCUUAAAAAAUUUACUAGUGCGUGCCGCCGUUGCUUGUUUGUUUUUUUUUUUGUUUUUUUUUCCUUUUAUUUUUUACAAAUAAAUAAUUCGACAUUCAUCUGUGGCCUGACUAUAAGGAAAUAAAUGAAAUUCACGACGGUGGUUUAAUAACUAAA